GACAUGCAACCUUUGGGAUUUCCCAGCACUUCUGUGGCAUGUGGUAUUACAAUGGACUCCUCCUUCCACAGACGUAAUACAGUAUGAUAAUCUUAGUGUUCUCCCAAAACGUUUUUCUCCAGAAGAGUAAAAAUAAUCACAGUCAACACUUCUGAAGAAACCACACUGAAAUAAUCUGGACUUCCAGGACAGAAACAUGAGAAGAAAUUUACUUCAUACAGAAGAACCUCGUCUCCCAUGAUCUGCUAGGCUAGAGGGAUUAAUUUAUAAACCACAAACGGAGGAUAAGAACACCAUGACUACUACAAUGAUAUCCAAACUUCGUGAAAAUGGAAACUUCUCUGCACUUGUUAGCCAAACUAUGAUAUGCCAUGUGGAUUCUGAGUUCAGAUAUCUACUGUUUACUAUCUACUACAGCAUCAUUUUCAUUCUGGGCUUUGUAGCUAACACCUAUGUGCUGUGGCUUUUCUGGCGGCUUUAUGCUAAGAAGAAAUUAAAUGAAAUAAAAAUAUUCAUAGUCAAUUUGACAACUGCUGACUUACUUUUCCUGGUUACAUUGCCAAUGUGGAUUGUUUAUUACAACUACAGAGGGAACUGGAUCAUGCCCAGCUUUCUGUGUAAUAUAGCUGGCUACUUAUUUUUCGUCAAUACAUACUGCUCUGUGGCAUUCCUGGGAGUGAUAACAUAUAAUCGUUACCAAGCUGUCACAAGGCCCAUUUCAACGGUUCAAUCGAGCACACGAAGAAGAGGAAUUUAUGUUACAUUGGCUAUUUGGAUCCUAAUAGGUGUUCCUUCCAUCUACUUUUUAGUUGAUGAUGGCACAACCCCUGAGGGGCAUCUGAUUCGCUGUUUUGAGCGUUAUGAUACCACCACUAAUACCACGCCUAUUCUUGCCUUCCAUGUGAUUAUUUGUGUUUGUUUCUUCAUUGCUUUCCUGCUUGUCUUGGUAUGCAAUGCUUUCAUUAUCCGGACAUUGCUUUCAAAAACAGUGCAAACUCGGAGGAGUGCCCGUGUCAGGCAACGGGCUCUUUGGUUGGUGACCACAGUUUUGACUGUCUUCACUGUCUGUUUUGUGCCUCACCACUUGGUGGAUCUACCCUGGACUUUGAUGGUUCUGAACAAGUGGGACAUAAGCUGCCAAAGUAAAAAACUAUUAAAUGAUAUCCAUCAGGCUACCCUUGUUUUUCUGGGUGCCAACUGUGUCCUGGAUCCUAUCAUUUAUUGUUUUCUCACAAAAAAAUUCAGGAAACAUCUUUCUGAAAAUUUUAAAAGCAUAAAAGACAGUCGAAAAUGCUCCAGGCAAACAACUGAGACUGGAAUGGAAGGGAUGGUACAGUUAGAUAAUUGUAUUCCUGCAUCCCCCAAACCUUAAAAGUAUUUUGAACGCAAGAUGGAGGAAGAUACUUCUGUAGCAGCAAAAAAGGCCAAAGAACAUACAUUUGGUUACAAUUGGUUAAGUUAAAGGACAAACAUAUACUGCAUGCAGAUAAGGAAAUACACUAUGUCUCCUCACAAACAGCAAAGAUUGUAAGCAGGAGCUUUGAUUUGCUGCCCAAAAGCUAACUAAAGAUGACCAGCUACUGGGGCCCUUUUUUCAUUCUUAAGGAAACGGACUGAACAUCUAGGCUGAGAGACCUUCUGAUUGAAAACUGUAAAGUGAAAUGAAAUGAUAACUUUCUUACUGAAGAGCAACAUUUACUUAUUAUCAGUGUCAAAUAAAAGCUAAUGCCUAGCAAGAAUGCUUGGCAAAUUAAUUUAGGGCUGCAACCUGUGUUGUCCAAAAGCAGCAAGAACUGAAGGCCAUGUAACACAAAUGCAAGAUCUCUGAAAGGACAUGCCAUAUCUCAAAUGAGAUGACUUUGGAUAUUGUUGUGAGGGUAAAGAAUUUGUAAAUCUCUUAUUUGAAAGAUAGAUAUUACAUUGUUGCAGUUGUGAUAUAAUAUAAUCAGUAUUUUGUUUUCAUCCUGAGGUACUUCUAAAUUCUUGGGCAUCAUUUGGAACAUAUCAGGUCUUUCUUGGGUCCUAGUGCCAAUAUCUAGGACAGGGCUAUAGGAUUCUUUUCCAUCAAACAUGCCAUUCUCAUGGGUAUAAUCUUUCUCUUGCUCUUUUGUCAUUCCUUCGUAUCAAGAAAGGCUGAGAGAUACAAGCCAAAACUUACAACUUAACAGUUAUGGAUUAGCCAAGAAUCCCUAUGUAAAUUUAGAAGCUGAGAUAGGAAACAAGAAGACCUAUCCUGAAAGAAGCCUGGAGAAUGAGAGAACCAUUGCCUGUAGGUCCAUCAGGAAUGAAUUCUCAUUAUUUUGUUUGCAAUCAUAUCUAUGGAAAAGUAAAAUCUAAAUUACAACCUUACAUGAAAUUAAGACUUCUGGCAUAUUAUGCCCAUUUCAAUAUAUUGUCCUUCUCCACAUCUGUAACCUUCCACAAUUUGACAGGCACACAUCUGAGACAGGAGCCUCUUCUACACAUGAAGUUUGUUCAUGAUUUAGAAUGCUGACUAUGCUAAGGGAUGAUUGGCUUUCUCAGGAAACUCAAAUGUUGCCUAAUAUUUCAUUACUAUCUAUUGUUUUGUAAUAGUCUAACCUUAAAAUGUUCCAAAAUACAAGUGAGGGGUCCUUGGUGCUCUCUAAGCUUAUUUUCUUGCAGACGUUUCAUUAUCCUAACUAGGUAACAUCAUCAGUGCUAGUAAGGAGUGCUGUUUGCUGUCGGUUUAUAUUCUGAUGUCUUGCCUGUCUGGGUGUGUAUGGAUCACUAAUGAAAAACAGUGAUGAUAAAAAAGAGUUAGCCAAUAAAUACUGUCCAUUUUUUUUAGAUAAAAAAUUAUCAGUAACUCCAUUAUUGUAUUGAAGACUAUAAAAGACAAGCAUAGCCUAGUUGGUCCAGGAAGGGAAAAAAGACUGAAAUGUAUAGCUGGUAACACUUUUAUUAGAAACACAAUGGCUGAAAAGAUUAUCCAAAUUUGAAGAUCUCCAGGCUUCCAACAAAAGCCUUUUGGAUAUCUCUGGCAGAAAAUUGGCUAAAUAGAUGACGGAGUUAUGGACAGAGGGAGAAGGGUAGCAGAGGUUUACACUCAGCAGCUCUAGAUGACCAAGCUGAGCCCGAGGGAGGGGUCAAAUGCAUCAUCAGUCUUGAGUCCCUUAGUGUCCACAAGAGAUCUAAGUCCAGCCCACCAUGAAUUCCUUAUCUACUGCCAAAUUGCUUUAACCAUUAGUAGUUCAAAUUCUUGUAGAGAG